AAAGAGAGCAAAUAUAGAAAAAGAAAAAUCAUCAUUUUGGAUGGGUAAUUUAUUUGGUCAAAUAUCGGGAAUUUGCCGCAUCCUUUUCCCAACGUUUUCCAGAUCGACCGAGUUUUCUUUUCUCAUUUCAAUUGUAUAAUGCGAACUCCGGCCACCGAGGCUGUUCUUUUCUUCUUUUGAAUACAAUUCACAGCAAAAGAGAUAUUCCGGAGACUUCAUUCAAUCAUGAGAUUCCAUAUCUCAUCUCCAAUUUUUCCCUUUUUGUUCAUCUCUCUUCUUCUUCUGAACACAGCAUCCCUCCACAGAGCUGAAGUUUUAACCCUAACUGCCGACACCUUCUCCGAUAAGAUAAAGGAAAAGGAUACUGUAUGGUUUGUGAAAUUUUGUGUUCCUUGGUGCAAGCACUGCAAGAAUUUAGGAUCAUUAUGGGAGGACCUGGGGAAGGCAAUGGAAGGUGAGGAUGAAAUCGAGGUUGGAGAAGUUGAUUGUGGUUCUAACAAACCAGUUUGUUCUAAAGUUGAUAUUCAUUCAUAUCCUACAUUUAAGCUUUUCUAUGAAGGUGAAGAAGUUGCAAAGUAUAAAGGGCCCAGAGAUGUUGAAUCUCUCAGAAUCUUUGCUCUUGAAGAAUCUGAAAAGGCAGCAGCAAAAGCAGAAGAGGACAGUGACAAAGAAUUGUGAUGAUAGUGUUGGACUAUAUACACUUGAUGCUCUUGGCAUCCAGAAACAAUCAAUCUAGUUGUUCGUGAACUAGACCAUUGAUCAUCAUGGUCCUAUUUGCACUAUGAUUAGAAUGCUUAAAUUUGGAUAGAGAUUUGGACCAUGAUCUCGGUGACAUUGUUUGCCCCCCCUUCUGUUUAGACUUCUUUUUCUGACGUUUAUUGUCUGGCUGCCUUUUUGGUUGGGAUAUGCCAAAGAGAGGUAACAAAUAUGGGAAGUAGAGAAUUUUGUACUUAAUAGUUUGAUUAUAUAUAUACCUUAAACUUACAUUAUAUGCAGACUAUUUAUUUGAAA